GCGCAGCGCGCAGCGGCAGUAUCGCGCCUCACAUCGCGGUGCACAGUACACGGAUACCUGUCCUUACCUGCUCAUCGCGUACACAAGAUGGGAGGAUUCACCCAGAGGCCUUGGACGCCGACCAGACGUCGAGGACCGAUCGCUGCAGAGUACUCGAGCCCUGGGCCCGCUUGUGUGGCCCUUAACACCCUUGUCGGACAAGUUACGCCAGACUCCAAGAAAGGCAGAGCCCCGGCGUUCAGUUUUGGAAGCAGACAUGGUGGGAAGAACGACAGCGUGGGCCCCGGCCCUGGACAGUACAACGUCACUGGACUCAGCGCUAAAGGAAAGGACACUCCACCAGCCUCCACGCUCCACUCCAGGCCACGUGACCAGCAGACGGAGACGACCCCUGCGCCAGGAGAUUACAACCCUGAGAAGUCGGAAAAGGUGAUCCACGACGCUUCUCCCAAGUACACUUUCGGCCUCAAGACCACGGUCGAGAAGACCAGCUCCACCCCAGCGCCCAACGUGUACAAUAUCCCGACCGUGCUGGGAGCCACGAAGGAAGGCAACAAGAAGGCGGCUCCGGCCUUCAGCAUCUCGGGGCGACAGAAGGAGUUCGUGGAUGACCGCGUGCACACGCCUGGACCAGGAGCUUACAACAACGCCAACCCCGACAGUGUCAAGCCCAAGAGUCCGAGCUACUCUGUCAGCUCUCGAUAUACCCUGCCGUCCGACCACAGCACCAAGCCCGGCCCUGGAGCAUACUCGCCGGAGAAGAUACCCACCAUCACAACUCCAGCGUACACGAUGAGCGGCAGACACGACAUCCAGAACAGAGAGGAUCUCCCAGGCCCUGCUGCUUACUCUCCGGAGAAGAUACCCAACAUCGUGACUCCAUCGUACUCCAUGGGCGGGAGACACCAAGUCAGCAACAAGGAGGAGAUCCCAGGGCCUGGAGCGUACUGCCCUGAAAAGAUACCCAACAUAGUCACUCCGUCAUAUUCCAUGAGCGGCAGACACCAGAUCCCCAACAAGGAGGAAAUACCGGGCCCUGGAGCUUAUUGUCCCGAAAAAAUUUCCACAAUGACCACUCCUGCGUACACUAUCAGUGGAAGACAUGACACUCAAAAUAAGGAGGAGAUUCCAGGACCUGGAACCUACUGUCCGGAAAAGAUGUCAACUAUCAACACACCAGCUUACUCUAUGGCGGGCAGACACGACCCUCAGAACAGGGAAGAGAUACCUGGACCUGGAACUUACUGUCCAGAAAAGAUUUCAACUAUCAACACACCAGCUUACUCUAUGGCGGGCAGACACGACCCUCAGAACAAGGAAGAGAUACCUGGACCUGGAACUUACUGUCCUGAAAAUAUGUCAACUAUCAAUACACCAGCUUACUCUAUGGCGGGCAGACACGACCCUCAGAACAAGGACGAGAUACCUGGACCUGGAACUUACUGUCCAGAAAAGAUGUCAACUAUCAACACACCAGCUUACUCUAUGGCGGGCAGACACGACCCACAUAACAGGGAAGAGAUACCUGGACCUGGAACUUACUGCCCUGAAAAGAUGUCAACUAUCAACACACCAGCUUACUCUAUGGCGGGCAGACACGAUCCUCAGAACAAGGACGAGAUACCUGGACCUGGAACUUACUGUCCAGAAAAGAUGUCAACUAUCAACACACCAGCUUACUCUAUGGCGGGCAGACACGACCCACAUAACAGGGAAGAGAUACCUGGACCUGGAACUUACUGCCCUGAAAAGAUGUCAACUAUCAACACACCAGCUUACUCUAUGGCGGGCAGACACGAUCCUCAGAACAAGGACGAGAUACCUGGACCUGGAACGUACUGUCCAGAAAAGAUGUCAACUAUCAACACACCAGCUUACUCUAUGGCGGGCAGACACGACCCUCAUAACAGGGAUGAGAUACCUGGACCUGGAACUUACUGUCCUGAAAAGAUGUCAACUAUCAACACACCAGCUUACUCUAUGGCGGGCAGACACGACCCUCAGAACAAGGACGAGAUACCUGGACCUGGAACUUACUGUCCUGAAAAGAUGUCAACUAUCAACACACCAGCUUACUCUAUGGCGGGCAGACACGACCCACAUAACAGGGACGAGAUACCUGGACCUGGAACUUACUGUCCAGAAAAGAUGUCAACUAUCAACACACCAGCUUACUCUAUGGCGGGCAGACACGACCCACAUAACAGGGACGAGAUACCUGGACCUGGAACUUACUGCCCUGAAAAGAUCCCCACCAACUCGACCCCAGCUUACUCUAUGGCGGGCAGGCACGAGGUGCAGAACAACGACCAGAGUCCGGGCCCUGGGGCAUACUGCCCUGAGAAGCUGCCGACUGUACCCACUCCAGCCUACACUUUCAGCGGCAAAUACUCCAAGAGAUCUUACACCAUCUUGCCCGGCCCAGGCACGUACUCCCCAGAAAAGUUGCCUGUGAUAACUACGCCUGCCUACUCCUUCGGUGGUAAGCAUGAAAUGCCUAACCACGAGGAGAUCCCUGGACCUGGUGCCUACCAUCCGGAGAAGAUCCCCGCUACUGCCUCCCCCGCAUACACGAUCAGCGGGAGGUACGAGCUCCCUGUGGACGACAACAAGCCAGGUCCAGGCGCAUACUCUCCGGAGAAGAUACCGACAGUGGCGACACCCGCCUUCACAUUCAGCGGCAAGUACAUCGCCCAGGUACAUGAGGUCAAGCCUGGACCCGGCGCCUAUGCUCCAGAGAAGAUACGCAUAGACUACCCUCCAGCGCACUCCUUCGGUAUAAAACACUCAGUGUACAUGGGACAACUCCGAGAACAAGUCUACUGACCGAUUGCACUUUCGUAGCUCACGACUCAACGAACGACAUCAUUAACACGGUUUAUAUACUAACUCUUAAUACACAUAUGUGAUCAGGGGAUGCCACUGAUAAAGUAAUGCAUUAUGUUUCUACGUCUAGGGAAAGUAAAUUUGAAGUUUAUACUCAUCUCAUUUGAAUAUUUACAAAAGAUACAUAGGACUUUUUCGAAACUAUAAAAUAAAUUAUUAGCUUUUGCAGUACACACCCACUGCUAAAAUUUGACUUAUUAAAGAAUAGACGAUGCAAUAAAUUAUUGUGAAAACUGUAUUUCUUUCUGAGGGAUCGGGAUACUAUGAACCGUUUCCGAUUUAAUCAUUUGAACGAAUACACGAUUUUUCAAAACAGUUUAAAUUAUAAAUUCACAAUAUUUGUGAAACUGUGAUGUACAAAUUGUAGGCUACUCACCGUAUUUUCUAAAAUAAUUUUAUAUAACUGGAAUAAAAAAAACAAGCUCAUUAGCUAAACAUAACUAACAAAUCUAUCUGGACGUGGAAUUCUAAAGUAUAAAUUAUACACAAAGGUCGUAGCCACUAGUGAAAUGGUGAAACCAAAAACGUCCCUCGAGAUAGCACAUAUCGCGUAACAUAAUACAUUUUUAGAGGUCUCACCAUAAAUUCUUUUUUCUUCUUUUAGGAAAAGAGGCUUAGAAAUUGCACUUAGUUCUAAAAAGAUCUUUGCGCUGCAUUCGGAGUGAUAGAAUAUUCUGGAUGGGUGAGGUUAUGGGUAGGGGCCGCCUUUUGUAAAUAUCAGGAAGGAAAGAUUUUGGGGCAUUAAUCUCAAGUCAUGUCUCAUCGGAAGAAGGGGACGCCAGCUCUGAACCAGCGAACCAGCCUCUCCAGUCAAUGCAGACAGGGGCGACACGCCCUUGUGCCUUUAUGUCUAUGUUAGCAACAGCCCUAACACUUGGGAGAGCUCCACCAACUCCAACAGUCAUCUCCCGUACCUAUCGAUCUACUCUUGCAACCCAAAAUCUCGACAUUUGUGGUUAGUGAUGUGCCGCUCCUGGACAUCCAUAAGGUUACCCAAAUUUAAGUGCCACAUCGGUUUUUGCUGUACCGUAGGUUCAACUGGAAGGUAUAAACCAGCCAGAAGGGAACCCUCCUUGAAAAGUGACAAAUGCUUGAGAGAGCAAUACAAUCUCAUUUGCUUAAUAUAUUCAAUUCCAGUUGGAGUCCAAGAUUGGAUGACCAACAAAAAGUCCGCUAUCUUCACCGCGAUAAGGCGUUUGAUAGUGUCACUGAUAACGCCGUAAAGUUGAGUCUGUACCUUCAAAAGCUUCACACUAUAUCCCGAACCUUUCUGAAAUGUCAAGCGGAUAUUACAAAAGUUAAAUUCGUACAACGAAGAUGGGUGACCGCUGAGCGAUCCUGUCCUUGCAAGCAGCCCGCCUGCCCAGCCAUUGGUGGUGGUUCGGAAGUCACCUUUAAGCCGUUGGUCCCAGGUUAAGUGUUAGAGAGGGCUUUUUAGUCCUAACUUCGCCUGGUAAAAUAAGACAUCUUUACUUUACUUUAAUCUUCGAUAAUAUAAACCCAUAGUAAAAUCAGUCUUUGCUGUAGAUGGAGCUUAUAUUGGUUACUUUUAAUGUAAGAAUCAGUCUUUAAUUCUUGAAGGAACUUCAGAUUGCUUUCCCUACUGUAUGACGAACAUUUGUGAGUUGCAUCCAUCUUCUAGAAUGAAAACAAUGUAUCAAAAAAAUAAAAAUUCCUAUUAGAGGAAAUCGACUUUAGAAAAUCACCUUAACUAAGAACAGAUGAGAAUAGACAAAUGUACCAACUUCAAAACCAAUUUUUCUAGUGAAACUUGGAUCACUAAGUAGACUAAUUAAAAACCAUUUGGUCACUGAACUUACUUCUUCUAAGUAUUACAUGUUCGAACAAGAUAAUCAAACAUUUAAGGCUGAAAACUGCUUUGCCAAAUGUAACAGAAUACUUUUACGCUGUAUUUUAACUACAUAAUCAACUUAAAACAGAUUAAUAUUGAGGUAAAUGUUAUUAUAUGAAUUCAAGUUAUAUUUGAAUGAACUUCAGAUGAUAACAAUUCUCAUCCUUUGUAGAGUUUGUGUAAUGUUGAUAUAAUUAAAAUAUUUUAUUGUUAUUGAGUUAAUUAAUUUAUAUGUUGUUUUAAAUGUUUUAAAAAGUUUAUUGCUGUUCAACCAUUAGCUGUUAGAGUAUUUUAAACAAUUUUGUUGAUAACACCUAACAUCCAGCAUAAUUAAUCAGUGUUGCCAAAUCUACAACACUCACAGUUAACAUAUAUCUUCCUACUUUCACGUGCUUUUAUUGAAAGCUGACAAUUUAUAGAAUUAUACUUGUUUUGUUGUUUCUACAAUAAAAACGCUUCUUA